AUGAAGUGCAAUUUAUGUUAAAAAGAAGGUGAUUUAAGCUUUUGUAGUAAAUGCAAGAAAGUUACAUAUUGUUCAAGGGAAUGCUAAGUUGAAGAUUGGAAAAAUCACAAGCUAGUUUGUGGCAAAUAAAAUGUUAGUGUAGAAAAUUAGAAGGAGAAUAAGUUACUAUUAGUGUAGGAUGAUCAAAAUGUCUUAAUAAAAAUAUUGAGAAAGCAUUUUAUAAACAUAUAUCGAUACAUAUACAUGAUUGAUUAAAAGGAAGCAGACUAAUUCAAGUAAAGAAACACUUACUACUAUAAUAAAAAGCACGAAAAUUAAACUAAACAAUGCAAACACAAGCACGAUCAUUCUGCAUCGCCUCAUACAGAAAACAAAAGCUAGAAUGGUUCAUGCUGCACAACCUUCUUUGCAAAAAUUUAUAUUCCUGAUAAAGAACUAACUCACAUAGAAAGGGCAGCAAAGGAAACAUUAGCAAAACAUAAGCUUCCUUACGUGCUUCCUGAACUUCUCGAAUUUAUAAGCAAAAAAUUUUAUAAACUGAAAGAAGAUGGCUUGAAAGAUAAAUUAGAAUGGAAUAAAUAAACUUAGACCUAUUUAAUUGGAGAGUGUCUAAAAGGUGGUUGCUAAUAAUUUUUUAUUAAUAAAAUAAAGGAGUAUUCAUUAAAAGACUAAAGAAUUGACAGUAAACAACCACUUUUACUUGCAACAGCCACAACAUGGAAAGCAAAUAAUCCAAAAAUACCCUUAGAAUACUUAUCUAAAGAAUCUCUAAGUGAGUUUAUGACUAAAGGAUAUACUUACAUCAAGAAAUAUGUAAAUGCAGAUAAAUUUGUUAAUAAUCUAUACAAAGAGCUCAAUUACUUAGAAAUGGAUGGUAGAUUUGAUGAACCCUCUAUAAAUGACAGUAAAACCAGAUCUGACAGACUUUUAUGGCUAACUUUAGGUGAAAUUAGUGAAAAAGACUUUCCAAAUGUCAAAAAAAUAGCAUUUCAACUUUCUGCUUUGCCUUAUGAGUUUAACCAUAAAACACAAAUAUGUGUUUAAAUAUCAGAAUUAUUUUAGAUAAGCUAUUUUAAAGCAAACGGGAGCUUUUAAAAACCUCAUUAUGAAUCUUCGUUUGAUGGAGAUUAAGACAAUGGUAGGAAGAUAAAUUGUUUAUACUUCAAUAGCUUAGAUGACGACAUAGAUUGUACAAAUUAUGGAAAAGUCAGACUAUACACAAGUGUUUCUUAAAAUUAAAAUGAGCCUGGAGAUUUUGUUGAAUAUAGCAUGGAACCUGACUCUUUGCUUAUUUUUAAAAGUAGAUUGUUCCCCUACGAAAUAUUGUCAAAUAAUUCAAGCAAUUCAAAAAGAUUUGUUGUAAGAUACUGGAUAACAGGGCCAAUAGAAUUAAAUAAAAAGUUUUGA